UAAAAAUACCAAAAGUACAGAUACUCUCCAACUAAUUUUCGAUUAUUGAAUAAUACCACCAAAUUUUAAAAUAACAUGAGAAUCUUCUUGGAAACGAAACUACACAACACAGUCUCUGUUUUGUAAAAAAAUUGAUCCUUCUGUAUUCCCGCCGUAACUAAUUUUCUCAAAAAUCUCUCAUUUCGUCUGUUUGAAAGUUGUGAUGGGAACAUGGAAGACGAAAAACAGUAAUAAGAAGAAGAAAGUUAGCUACAUUUCAGUCCCAGCUCAGAUCAUAAACUCAGUUUCAUCAUCAUCUUUACAAAGUUUUCUCGAUAACAAAUCUUCAAGCAAAUUCUUCUUCAAUCUCAGAAACCCAAAGCUCUGGGCUUUCUCUCUCUUCUUACUUUCUAUUUUGGGAAUAUCAUUAAGACUCGGUCUUUGUCUUUCUUCCGGCGUUCACGAAAGUCAACUUCAGAGCUCGGAUUCUAAUGGGUCACCCAAAUCCCAUCUGGGUUUUGCGUAUAGCCGAUCAAACACCACUCAAGUUGAGAUUUCGAACGCCAAGGAUCGAUCUUUAGAUACGGGUGUGGAGAAAAAUGAAACCUUUGGUGGUGAUCAGUCACAUUUGAUCACCUCUAGUGGAAAUGUACAUGAUGAUAAGAAUUAUGAGUUCUGGAAACAGCCUGAUGGAUUAGGUUACAAGCCAUGCUUAGAUUUCAGCAUUGAAUACAGAAGAGAGAGUAAGAAGAUUGUUGCAGAGAGGAGAAAGUAUCUGAUGGUGGUAGUUUCUGGUGGGUUGAAUCAGCAGAAGAUUCAGAUUGUUGAUGCAGUUGUGAUUGCGAGGAUUCUAGGUGCUGUUCUUGUUGUCCCAAUAUUGCAAAUCAAUCUCAUUUGGGGUGACGAGAGUGAGUUUUCAGAUAUAUUUGAUUUAGAGCAAUUCAAGAGUGUUUUAGUAAAUGAUGUGAAGAUUGUUUCGUUGCUUCCCGCAAGUAAAGUAAUGACUAGACCAUCAGAAGAUGGUAGUAUGCCCUUUAAUGCCUCCCCUCAAUGGAUCCGUUCGCACUAUCUAAAGCGUUUCAAUAGGGAAGGAGUUCUGCUUUUAAGGAGAUUUGAUUCAAGAUUGUCUAAAGACUUACCCUCUGAUCUCCAGAAGCUCCGUUGUAAGGUAGCAUUUGAAGCACUAAAAUUUUCGCCACGGGUUUUGGAUAUGGGGACGAAGCUUGCAGAGAGGAUGAGGAGCAAAGGACCUUACAUUGCGUUGCAUCUUCGGAUGGAGAAAGAUGUGUGGGUGAGAACAGGCUGCCUUUCUGGUUUGAGCUCAAAGUAUGAUGAGAUUGUUAACAUUGAAAGGAUUAAGCGGCCUGAGCUCUUAACAGCCAAAUCUAGUAUGACAUCUAACGAGAGGAAACUCGCGGGUCUCUGUCCAUUAAAUGCCAAGGAAGUAACAAGACUGCUUAGAGCUCUUGGAGCACCAAGAGAUGCGAGGAUCUAUUGGGCGGGAGGUGAACCGCUUGGCGGAAAGGAAGCUUUGAAACCGUUAACAAGUGAAUUCCCACAUCUCUACAACAAAUAUGAUAUUGCGUUGCCUCUUGAACUCAAACCUUUCGCAAAACGAGCUUCGAUAAUGGCAGCAAUCGACUAUAUAGUGUGUAAGGAGAGUGAUGUGUUUAUGGCAUCUCAUGGAGGGAACAUGGGCCACGCAAUUCAGGGGCACAGGGCUUAUGAAGGACACAAGAAGAUUAUAACACCAAACAAAAGGCAUAUGCUCCCAUACUUUGUGAACUCAUCAAUGACUAAAACAGAGUUUGAGAAGAUGAUAAAGAAAUUACACAGACAAUCUCUAGGACAGCCAGAACUAAGGAUUAGCAAAGCUGGAAGAGAUGUUACAAAGUAUCCUGUUCCUGAGUGUAUGUGCAAUCAAUCCAACACCACUAUUUAGAGCUUCUUUUUUUUGAACAUAUGGUUUUAAGACAAAGAUUAACUGUAAUGAAAGUAUAAUAUGCUCCA